AUGCCUCUCUCUCAGCGCAAAGUCAAGGUGUUCAGAGAGACAGUGUACUCGUCGACAUACACCACUGGCACACUUAGGCGAAUACACAUACACGAUAUCAAGACAAGAGACAAAGAUAAAUCCUACAGCUCUCCCUUCUCUUUGGCAACAGCUUUGGUGGCCAAGACUGUAACGUUUCGUACAGUGCGGAAUAUCUUCACCUCGGAACCUUCCACGGAACAUCAGAGCAGACCGACCAAGGUCCCGCCUAUCAGGGAGUAUCUCAGCAACAAGGCCAACGACAACAUGUGCUACUACGAGCAAACACGGUGGAGAUGCGGCUACUGGAGAUGGGGAAACUUUCGCCAGCAGUGCACCAAGGAGUACCGGACCGGAGAGACAUGCGGACUCAAGCUCGUCUACGACACCAUGUACAACAACUCGAAAUGCAAGCUGUGCGAACAGAUGGAGAAGAAGGAACGGCGCUGGACGAAGAUGGCCCAGGACUUAGAGCGUUGGAGGCGGGAGGGAAAUCGGAGGGCGACGAUCGAGAAGACCGAGGGCGACAUGCAGGACCUGCGUCACCAGAUCAACAAGAUCUGGCUGGACCACCAAGCGCGGCAGACCGACAUGUCUUGA